AUGACAGGCCAGGUAGCAGAGAGAGAUCGGUCACCGCACAAUCUGUCGGUGCAGACCACCUUGGAGGAGGAGAUCGAGGGAACUGAGAGUAUUCUUAGCAGACUGGUGACCCUGGUGGUGAGACUGAGGGAGUGGGCACACAGGAGCCUAUUAGAGGAGGAGGAGCGGCCAGACUCCUUCCUUGAGCGCUUUCGCGGCCCUGAGGCAAGAAAGGCCCCCAGCCGCUCCAGCAACACGCAACCAGAUGCCAGUGGCAGCAAGGCCAAAUGGAUUUUUAGGAAAAAACGGCUUUUGUUUGUGCUGUCUCCCUCCGAUGACGCCUACUACCGCUGGUUAUUUGUUAUUGCCACAGCAGUGCUGUACAACUGGUUCCUUGUUGUUGCAAGGGCAUGCUUUGAUGCAUUACAGGUGGAAAAUUACAUCUGCUGGCUGGUGUUGGACUACCUCUCAGAUGUUGUGUACAUAAUAGACACUUACGUCCGACUUCGCACAGGGUUCCUGGAACAAGGUUUGCUAGUGAGGGAUCACGCCAAGCUAAGAGACAAUUACACCCGUACAUUGCAGUUCAAGCUGGACUUGUUGUCCAUCCUGCCCACUGACCUGGUGUACAUCGCCACUGGCAUCCACACACCACAGCUCAGGUUCAAUCGGCUCCUGCGCUUCCCACGUAUGUUUGAAUUCUUUGACCAGACAGAGACACGCACCAACUACCCCAACAUGUUCCGUAUCUGCAACCUGGUGCUUUACAUCCUGAUCAUCAUUCACUGGAAUGGCUGCAUCUACUAUGCUAUAUCUAAAUCUUUAGGAUUUGGCUCAGACUCAUGGGUGUUCCCAAACAUCACUGACCCUGAUAAUACCACCCUGACCUUUAGUUACAUCUACUGUCUGUACUGGUCAACUACUACUCUCACCACCAUUGGAGAGAAUCCUCACCCUGUGCUAGAUGAGGAGUACAUAUUUUCAGUCUUUGACUUUCUGGUUGGGGUCCUAAUAUUUGCCACAAUUGUGGGAAACGUUGGCUCUAUGAUUGCCAACAUGAAUGCUACCCGUGCUGAGUUUCAGUCUCGGAUCGAUGCCAUCAAACACUACAUGCAAUUCCGCAAAGUCAGCAGAGAACUGGAGACACGUGUCAUUAAAUGGUUUGACUACCUGUGGACCAACAAGAAAGCUGUGAACGAGCAGGAAGUGCUGAAGAAUCUGCCAAACAAACUGCGGGCUGAGAUUGCUAUUAAUGUGCACCUGGAGACCCUUAAGAAAGUACGCAUUUUUCAAGACUGUGAGGCAGGACUGCUGGUGGAGCUUGUGCUAAAACUGCGCCCACAGGUCUACAGCCCAGGAGAUUACAUCUGCAAAAAAGGGGACAUAGGCAAGGAGAUGUAUAUCAUCAAAGAGGGGAAGCUGGCUGUGGUGGCUGAAGAUGGGGUCACACAGUAUGCCCUCCUCACCGCUGGCAGCUGCUUCGGGGAAAUCAGCAUUCUGAACAUAAAAGGCAGUAAAAUGGGAAAUCGGCGGACAGCCAACAUUCGCAGCUUGGGUUACUCUGAUCUCUUCUGCCUCUCUAAGGAUGAUCUGAUGGAGGCAGUGACCGAGUAUCCAGAUGCUAAGACUGUGCUAGAGGACAGGGGCCGGGAGAUCCUAAUGAAUCAGGGUCUGCUGGAUGAGAACGCAGAGAGGGGCAGCGGGCUGCGGAAGGAGGACACAGAGGAGAAGGUGGAGAGGCUGGAGUCCUCCCUGGACACUCUUCAGACUCGCUUUGCCCGUCUACUCAAUGAUUACUCAAACACACAGCAACGGCUGAAGCAGCGCAUCACUGUGCUGGAGCGGCAGCUGAAUCCAACAGACUGCAGCGCAGAUGCAGACCGAGAAAUGGAUGCAGAAGCAAAUGAAAGAGACCCUGGGCCUGUUGUCUGUUCGGGUGGGUCUCCACAUCACAAUAAUGUGCAAACAGAGGACAAGAAGAGCCCAAUAUCAAAACAUUAA